AUGGAUCGGCUCUGGGAGUCUAAAACCAAGCUGAUCAAGAGAAUCUCGACAUUCGGAUCCAAAUCAGGAUCGUCUGACAUUUCGGAGCUUGCAUCCUUGAGCAGUGUACAGACUGCUCAAGAUGCUCAUUUCCCAAGCGGCAUCAAGGUCUUCUACGAACCUGAACAUCCUGAUAUCGACAUUAUAUUUGUCCAUGGCUUGACAGGUGAUCGCGAACGGACGUGGACGCAUCCUACCAAUGGUGUUUGCUGGCCUAGAGACAUCUUGCCGCGAAGUCUGCCAGACGCGCGAAUUCUGACCUUUGGAUAUGAUGCCUACGUCGUUCGUGCACGUAAUCACGUGGCAAGCAUUGACAUUGCCCAUCACGCCAAUGAUUUCUUGAAUUGUUUAGCAAAUGAAAGGAUGGACUCAAUAUCCUCUAAGCGCCCUCUUAUUAUCGUGGCUCACAGUCUUGGUGGUAUUCUUUGCAAAGAUGCUUUGAGGCUGGCACAGAGUAAUACUGAAGCACACCUGCGUGCUAUCUUUGACCAUGUCAGGGGGAUAGUAUUCAUUGCAACUCCGCAUGGAGGCAGUUGGCUGGCCAAGUGGGCGAAAACUUCAGCAAACCUACUCGGUGUGGUCAAAGGAGCAGAUGUCAGCCUUCUGUCCCUUCUCGAAAGCAACUCCGAAGUGUUGAAUCGCAUUCACAACGACUUUCUCUCCAUGCUUAUCAGACGACAAGCUGAACAUCGCUCCAUCAAGAUCGCAUGUUUUUAUGAAGUUCUACCACUUCGAGGGCGCAUCAAGAUUGUUGAUAAGGAUUCGGGUACCAUAUCUGGGUUCAACAACGUUUCAAUUCACGCAGACCAUCGAAACAUCGCCAGGUUCAAGAACCAAGACGAUCCUGGCUACAAGCACAUUGUUGGAAGCCUGAAUAUGUGGAUAGAUAAACGCCUCAAUACUUCAAGCAGUGUUGAAACUGAUGGCCUUGUUGAAUCACUGGCAUCGGCUGAUAUGGGAGUACGAUUGGCUGCCAUUGAACCAGCUGAGAGGGGUACAUGUCAAUGGAUCGCAGAUCACCCUUCUUACAAAGACUGGGCAUCGCACCGACGAUUGGAAGAAUCUCAUGGACUUCUCUGGAUCAAAGGCAAGGUAGGCUCUGGGAAGUCGACCAUAAUCAAGCACAUUUUCCAGAACACGCCCGCCGAAGCGUGUCGAGUUGGAUUUUUCUUUAACGCUCGAGGGGGGACAGAAGAAAAGAACUCAUAUGGUCUUUUCAAGGCUCUCCUCCACCAAGUUGUCAUGAACUUUCCACAACUGAGUACCAUUCUCAUUGAAAAAUACAAGCUCAAGAAGCGACAAUCCGGGAAGGCAAAUGUGGUAUGGAGUCUUCCUGAACUUCGUGAACUCCUUCACGACGUAAUUAUGAAUGGAGGCAAGACACCUGUCGAAAUAUUCAUUGAUGCGCUCGAUGAAUGCAAUGAGGAUGAAAUCCGGUCGAUCAUCAAUUUCUUCAGUUGGUGCUCUUCCGAUGCUAUCACCUAUGGCAAGAUACUUCGAAUAUGUUGGUCGAGUCGCCAUUAUCGUCAUGUCAGUGUUGAGCAUCACUUUCAAAUCUUGGUGGAACAGAUGAACUCAGCCGAUAUCAAAUUAUGGGUACAACGGCAUCUUGCCGGAAGCGAUCAUCUACUAGAGCAUUUCGAACAGCAGGUUGUGGCUAAAGCCAACGGAGUGUUCCUUUGGAGCGUACUUGUGGUUGACAAAAUCAAGAAACUCGCCGAUAAGGGGUUUCCAAUCCCGAAGAUUAGCAGGAUGAUCGAUGACAUGCCCACCGAGCUGAAUGAAUUGUAUAGGAACAUUCUGGCGACACUGGAUCCAGAUCUCAAUGAAGAUGGUUUAGCAAUGAUAAGUUGCGUAUUGUUUGCACUGGAACCUUUAGAAGUUGAAUCUCUGAGGGUUAUGAUGGAAUUUAUGGGGAAGAGGUGCCCAAGCACGCUGAAACAUUUCGAAACUCAUAGUGCCGGCGCAGAUAAGUUCAAUUUGUUUGUGACAGAGGUCUCUGGUGGGCUUCUUGAGGUGUUGACCACCGAUUCGGCCCAGCGAGCAAAAUCCAUCGUUCAACCUAUCCACGAAUCGGCUUCGAAGUUUCUCCUGGACGAAGGACUUCGUCAUUUUAUGAAACCCACUGGAGACCAUGAUCUCCGGCAAGUCGCCCACUUGGAGAUAUAUUGUGCGUGUGCACGAAUCUUAUCCACAUUGGAGAUGCGAUGUGUGCUGCUUCGGCCGAAGAGAUUCUUUGCUCAUACUCCCACAUUGGUUGAGGCUGGCCGUACAUGGGUUCAGACCCCGCUCUUGACUUAUGUAAUGAAGUACAUAUUCAAACAUCUGGAAGAAGGAUCUCUCUCUCUUUCGAAUGGAUUUGAAACUGUGCCAAAUACAGAUGGUGAGCUGUUGACAAGAAUUAGUCUGGUCACCACCAUGCGUAAUUGGAUGUCCGUGAAUGCUACAGCAUUCACGAGCAGACAACAGCUGGACCGGCUUGCAGACAAACUAUUAAUGGAGUGGGAAAUGACUGAGCUAGACUUCUGUGCGCUUGAUGACCAUUCAGGGUUGUGUGCUUUGUUAGACCAGGGGGAAGAACCGAAAGAUGAAGAACUUGAUAAGGUGAUCAUUGCUUUAUCCCACCAUGGCCUUGACGAAAAAAUUAUGGGCUACAUCCAAAGGUACCGGAAGACUACCCAGCAGGACCCUUUUGCUAGAUUUUCGGGUGUCGCUCUGGAGUCCGCGAUCAAAGGUCAUCAUUUCUCAACAGCAAAACUCUUGAUUGAGAAUGGUGAGAUCCACCGAGCGGUCCACUUGAUCUUGGCGAUUCAGCAAGAACAAGUGGAAAUUGUGCAGCUGCUCCUACAAAUCGGUGCCAAUGCCAAUCAAUCAGCGAUGGGCAAGAUUCCGCUGGUUGAGGCAAUAUCGGCUGGCAAUAUCGAGGUUGUCAACAUGUUGUUGGAAAACAAUGCGGAGAUUAAUCGCGAAUAUCGCGGGAAUUUCGCGAUCUGCGAAGCCAUCAAUCGUGGAAGAGCGGACAUUGUUCAGACACUCCUUGAUCAUGGGGCAGCAGCAAGUUAUACUGGCUCCAACAAAAUUCCGAUCAAUCAAGCAGUAUACCUGGGAUUUGAGCCCAUUGUUGAUAUCCUCCUCAAACAUGGGGCUUCAGUGGACAUGUAUGAUGAGGAAGACGAGACAGCAUCCAUGAAAGCGAAAAAAAGCGGUCAUGACAGUAUCAUUCAGAAAGUCAAAGCUGCAUCAGUAUUGCAAGAAAAGAGUAAUGUUGGAAAACUCCUUGUAUCUUCGAAAGGACAGAGUAAAGGGCAACACGAGGAUAAUCCAGGAAAGGCAUGA